GUCUCUUCCGUCGCACCAGGGGUUGCAUCAACUGCCAUGGCGACCACAGCAGCGGCCGAUGUGAACACUGCCUUGGCCAUUGUGCCACCAGAAGAUGUACUGCAGGAGGUGCAGCUGAUUCGACAACAGCACGACCGGGCUUUCUCGCGAUGGCCGCCUCACGUGCGGCUGAUGUGGCCCUUCUUGCCGCUCCGGAUAGCUUUGGCGCGGCUAAGCCGGCUGGACAGGCUGGACGUGGACUCCUUCGACCUGGAGCUGCCCCAGGUCGAGCUUCUUGCUGGCGGCGGCAAGGGCGAGAGGGACCGAGCGUAUGUGGGCCUGACGCCCAGUGCCGCCUCUUCCGAUCAUCUGAAAGCAAUCUGGGAGGCGUUGGGCGAGAUCUUUCCGGAAUGCGCCGAAUGCGCCGAGUUUCACCUGACGCUUGGACAGCUCCCGUCCCAGGAGGCGGCGACGCUCGUUGGCGCCCUCGGAUCCCUCCGGCUCUCCUGGCGCUGCUCGGCCGUGGCGGUGCUCGCCUGCGAGGGCAGCGGGGCGCCCAUGAGGCCGGUGCAGUGGAUCGCGCUGAGAGAGCGGCCUCCAAGUUCCUUUGGCGCCUCGCUGCCGCUGCCGUCCCUGGCGUGGCGCAGCUUGGUGGAGGCCCUUCCCCUGCAAGAUGCGGCCAAAGUGGCCAGGAUUACCCGGCACCAGGACGUGCCUGGAAAAGCCGAGUGGUGGUGCGACCUCGCCCGUGCACAUUUUAGCACAGACAGCGCGCACCCGCUGCCAGCCCAUGCUGCUGGCUUUAGCUCCCUUGUGGGUGCUGCAGGCUACAUGGCCAGCUUGUGUUGGACAACGCUGCCAGACAAGGCGCCGAGUCUCUCGCUGUGCCCCGGCGCCGAAGCCAUGCGACGCACGAGCUCGUCGAACGUGCAAACUCUGCCGGUGCCCUUCGGCGGCGCGGUGCGGUGCGUGCGCCACAACUCGGAGCGUCUGCUGGUAGCGGGGGAUGCCAGUGCCAAAGAGACAGGGCUCGCCUUGUGGUCCUUGGGCGACCUCAAGGAGAAGCCCCGCUUCAGCAAGCUGCGGGGCCACGUGCGGGGCGUGGAUCUGUGGGAAGAGCUGCUGCUGGUGCAGGCCAAAGGAGGGUCCUUGUUGGUGCACGACCUGGCCGACCCGCGGGCGCAGCCGAGCGCCCUCGGCAAGAAAGAGGACGGCCACGUACGAGACGCCCAGUGGAUGCCCGGUGGAAGCGCUCGCGCGCUGGCGGCUUACGAGUCGCGGGUGGCCAUUUUAGAUGUUGAGGCCGGCGGCGUGGACUACCUCCCGCUGCCGCUGCGGAGUCCGUCGGUGUGCAGCGUGGAGGCCCAGGUGGCCGUGGCCACGUCCAGCGCCUGCUGCCUCUGGGACGUGCGGAGGUCGGCCGUGGCCCUGGAGGUGCCCUUGAGCUUUUCCGGCGCCUGCCUCGCGUUCGCGCGCGGCAGCGGCCUGGUGGUGGGGGGCAGCGGCGGCCUGCAGCUGGUGGACCUCCGGAUGGGCACCACGCGGCCGUUGGCGCCGGUGCAGUUGCCGGCCAGCUUGCGUGAGGGCAACGCUGAAGUGCAGCGACUUCUCACUGGGCACGGUUGCGUGACGGCCCAGUUCGAAAAGGCGCUGGCCACUUGGCACCUCGAGACUGGCGCCCUGCUGGGCUGGUGGGAGGCGUCCAGAUGCCUUUCGGUGCCCACGGGCGCGGCCGAAGCCGCGGCCGCGCCUUGGGGCCUGGCGGCCGCGGGCGCCGGGCGCCUGCACGUGGCGAUGCCCGGAAAGCCGGGCCCAGGCGCCGGCAAGAAGUUCGCCGCGCCGAAGAGAGAGGCCGCGAAGAAGGCAACGCAGGCGGCGCCGGCACCAGCUCAGGAGCCAAGCCGGAAGCUUCGCACCAGCGAAGACGUCUACCACCGCAUUUUGCACGACUCCGUGCGCUUCAGCCCCGAAGAGGUGGCCAUUGGCUACGAGGACCGGUUUCUGGGGCCGAUGGAGGUGAAGCUGCUGGACUUUACACCAGGCGGGGACAUCCCCUUCCACCGGCUCUUCUACUUCCGGCGGGGCGAGGAGAUCCUGUGGGACCGGAAGCACCGCCGGGACCGGGUCUUCGGGGAGUGUGCUGAGGCCGAGGCGGAUGCCCCCGAGACGGUGGAGGCCGUGCGCCGGGCCAAGGUCACGGCCUGGAAGAUUGAGCAGGGCAUCAUCAAGGUGCGCGGCAGCGGCAGGGGCCGUCGCAAGGCGACCGUUGCGGUGGACGAGGCGGCAGGGCUGCGAUACUCGAAGGACGAGGGCUGUUGGACAUGCUGCCCUGCUUCAAGCCCCGCGCGGGCGAAGCUGAGAGUUCUCACACUGAACGUCCUUUUCGAGCUCUAUGGCGAUGUGGAGACGCACAUGGAGGCGCGGAUGUCUCAGAUGUUCCAAGACCUGGCGGCGGCGGAGCUAGACGUCAUCGCGCUCCAAGAGGUGACGCCCUUCUUCGCGCAAGCCUUGCUGGCAGAGGUGUGGGUGAGGGAGGGCUAUUGGUCCAGCUGCGGCGAUGACAUGGCCUCGGUGGAUCCAUCUGGGCAGCUCAUCCUCUCGCGCCUGCCCAUGCGCUCGGUGGCCUUGGCCCGAGGAUUUUGGGCGACCGCGCCUCGCCCCAUUGAAGCCCAACGCAAGCCAGAUCACCUGUACAGAGUCGAACGAGUCAGCCAGCACAAGAGCCUGGUUCUGGCCACCCUGGCCACGGGCUCGAGCCGCUCUGCGGUGGUUGCCAACCUCCACCUCUCGGCCGACUCGAAGGACGCGCGGAAAGAUCACCGGGCGGAACAGCUGCGGGCCUGCGAAGCGGCGCUGGGAGAGAGGCUGCGGCCGGGGGACCUGGGGCUCCUAGUGGGGGACUUCAACGCCUCGCCGGAGGAGGAGCCCCCGUUGCUGCAGUUGGGCCUGCGGGACGUGUGGGAGACCAAUGAGGAGCCCGGGUACACCUUCGACCCUCUGACGAACACGGUGGCCCGGCGCGUGGUGGAGGCUGUGGGCGGCUCAAAAACCCCCCGGCGCCUGGACCGGGUCUACGCGACGCCGCCGACGAUGGCGGGGACCGCGGGAACUGCGGCGUGGCUCUGGGGCACCAAGCCCUUCUCGCUGGAGACCCUCGAAAAGGAGGACUGGUUCAUCUCCGACCACUUCGGUGUCCUCUGCGAAAUCGAGGCUGCGGAUACGGAAGAGCACUCAGGCGACCUGGCGCUGGCCAAGCUGACUCCCUGUGAGGAGAUCCUGGCGCCGGAGAUCUUGGCCGCGCUGUCCUUAGGCGAAUCGCAAGCCGUUGAGCUGGUGCUGUUGGGCUCGACUGCGCUGGGCAUCGCCGACGCGGGCAGCGACGUGGACGUCCUGGCAGCGUGCGCCGGCAUGUCCUCCGCCGCGUACUUCGCGGCCGCGGCGGCGGCGCUGCAGGCGACGGGGACGGCGGUGGAGGCGGCGGCGGACGCGGCGGUGCCGCUGCUGAGGUUCCAGGCCAGCGGCCGAGAGGUGGAGCUGCAAUUCGUGGAGCUGCCGGCGCCGCAGCUGGCGCAUCUCCGAGCCGACGCCGAGGACGCCUACGAGUCCCUGGAGGCCUUGCUCUUCGCGGGCGAGGCCCACGGCCUCAGCGCCGCGCUGGACGCCUGGGCGCUGCUGCGCCGCGUGGCCCAAAGCGGCGGCGCGGAGGGCCUCGGCGCCUUCCGUGGCCUGGCCGUGGCGGUGAAGACCUGGGCCAGGCGCCGCCAGCUGCUGGGCACCCCCUGGGGCUUCCCCGGAGGCUUCGCAUGGGCGCAGCUGGCGGCCAACGAGGUCGAGCGAAGCUUCGCCCGCCUUCGCGAAAGUGAGGACCCUGCGCGCAGCCUGCAAGAGUCUUUCUUCCAGCAUCUGGCCACGAGUCAGGACCUGCAGGGUGAACCCCCGAAGCUCUGGUGUCCGGCUGGGCCCCAGGACCGGAAUGCCCUGCGCACCAUGACGCGAACCACCGCGCGGAUCCUGCAGGCCCAGCUGACCUUGGCCGCCCGCGGGGAAGCGGAUGACGGGGUGUUUGCCUCCCCGCGGUUCUUGCUGGUCGGCCUUGGCGGCGGAAGCGAGUGCAAGCCGCUGCUGCGGAGGAAGGCCGUGACCAUCCUUCUGGAGGUGGAGCGCUGUAGCCAGGGCACUGUGUGGCCGCUGACGGAUGUGCACACCACACGCGGGGGUGCACCCUGCAUCGUGCUGGGCACCGGGUGGGCGCCCACGCCCGGCGAAGUGCGCGCACUGGCGCAGUCUUUGAGGGCGCUGGUGGCGGUUUCGGGCCUCGAGAUCGAGGUGAAGGUGAUACCAGCUGACAGCCUGAGCAGCGAAGUUCCCAGCUGUCAGCCAGAAUGAGGGGUUUCCAUGCCCGGCAGAGCCGGCCCCUUUGUACAGGAGGUGUGCCUUCACGCAGUGUACAGCUGAG